UCAACUUCAAGCAUCCUCAGCCCAAGCGUGGCGUCAACUUUCGCCUCCCGGCACCCACUUUACUCUUUGCUCUCUUCCCCACUGCCUCCAUCCAUACUCCGGACUGCUUGCCCAAAACCAAAACUACCGCUCGCCAUGAGCGCCCCAGCUACCGCGCUCGAGCUUGAGCUCGCCAGCGCGCCGCCCCACAGCUUCCUGGGCCUGGGCGGCGCAGCGCCCGCCCACCUGCGUCUCGACGUCCGCGAUCUCGAAGACUCGUGGUCCGACCUCGCGGCAUACUUUGCCACCCAGCUGCCGGCCUCCAACGGCCUCUACGCUGCACCAAGUACGGGGUGCAGCGCCGCGGACGCUGCCGAUCUCGAGGCUCUUCUGUACGGCGUCUACCGGCGCGUACACAGCACGCUGUGCGGCACGCGACGCCUCGAGGUCGGCGACUCUGUGCUUGCGCCGCACGACUAUUCCUUCUUGUCGUCAUUCAGCACGCGCGAGGGCCAAGAGUUCAAAGACACACGCGUGUUCAACCUCUACCGCGCGCUGGCGCCGCCGUCGCCCGAAGGCUCGCGGCGCAUCGACAAGCCAAACUACAUCCUCUAUGCUGAGGUCACGGACGACGGCGACGUGUGGAGCGUCGGCGAGGGCAUGGGUGAGGUCGUGCUCGGCCCGCGCCGCGGCGACGUCGAGCGCUGGCUCGACGCACACGCGUGGUCCAAGCCUGAAGGGAUUGCGCGCGACGUCGCCGCCGACAACUACCGCUACGACGUCGCAAUGGCGACGCGUACUUUCCGCGACUUUAUGGCGCGCACUGGACUAGCACACUCGCUCUUCCAUUUGCUCGCCGCCAACGAGAUGUGCGGCGCCGUCCUCGCGUGGGCUGUCAUCGGGCACAAGCUUGUGCGGAUGUACGUGCUCGGCCCGAGCCGCAUCGCGAUCGAAGUCACACCACCCCGCUCCGCAAACUUUACACGAACACCACACAUCCCGCCCCACGAGCGCGAAGGGAUACCGUACGCGUCACUGGAGACGACGCGCGCCUUCGACCGCCUCCCCCACUCCUUCCUGGCGCCCGACGACCCCUCCGUCUUCCCGCCCGGGCCAAGGCUCAACCCCAACGCACUGCAAGCGUUCGCGAACGUCGCCGCCGCCUCCGUGCUCCGCCUGGGUGCGUUGGACUGCACGGCGGCGCUGCGCCCGCUCGCGACAGCGCGCCAGGGCGGCGUGGCCGCCGACAUGGCCGCCGUCCUCGGCGAGCUCUCCCCCCUCCCCCCCGAGCUGUGCCGGUACAUCGUCGAGCUGAGCCGUGGUGCGACGCUGCGGCGCGUCGCGUCGCCAGCGGCACAGCCCCAUCCGCAGGUUCAAGCGCAGGCGGAGGAGAGUGCCGGCGGGCUCGGAUUGGCGGGGCACGGCGUCGAGCUCGCCCCGCCGGCGACGUUAACGCCGAAUCCCGACGCGGCGCCGCGGAAGCGUCGCGCCAGCGAAGCUGCCGAGGGCAUCGAGCGCGCGACGGCGCGCGCGCGCACGCCCGUGUCGGCGGACGUAAGCGGCGGCCGCCGCUCCCCGCUGCGCAUUGAAAGCCCCGAGCCUGAGACGGAACACGAACACCGCCCGCUUGACGAGCACGACUUCGACCACAUGCCCCCCAUUGUGCCGGGGCAGCGCGCGCGCGGGGGCAUCGACUGGGACUCGCUCGACGCCGUGCUGGACCGCUUGGCGGUGUUCGUGCCCGUCACGCCUGGGGAGAUGGACGCGCUCGUCGCCGCGCAGAUCGAGGAGGACUCGGCGCCGUAUCGCCCCUCCACCGGCUUCACGGCUUCGCCGGCGGCGAUGGACAUGGAGGAGGAGGAGGGCGAGGAGGAAGAAACCCCCCUCCGAUCCCUCGCGGACGAGUAUGACUCGGACGCCGAGUCCAUUGUAGACUAGCUGCUAGCUGUUGUAGACUAGUGUUAGAUUAUUUGUGCAUA